AUGGAAAAGAUAAAUGAAACCUCUGUGACAGAAUUCUUCCUAAAAGGACUUUCUGGCUAUCCCAGGCUUGAGAUUAUUUUCUUUGUCCUGAUCCUGGUAAUGUAUAUGGUCAUUCUUCUGGGCAAUGGCAUCCUCAUUGUAAUCAGCAUCUUAGACCCCCACCUCCACACUCCCAUGUACUUCUUCCUCAGUAACCUCUCUUUCCUGGACAUCUGCUACACAUCUACCUCGAUUCCUCCUACAUUGGUGAGCUUCUUAUCUCAAAGAAAAACCAUUUCUUUUUCUGGGUGUGCAGUGCAGAUGUUCCUUGGCUUGGCAAUGGGGACCACAGAAUGUGUACUCCUGGCCAUGAUGGCCUUUGAUCGCUAUGUGGCCAUCUGCAACCCCUUGAGGUACCCCAUCAUCAUGAGCAAGAUUGUUUAUGUGCAGAUGGCAGCUGGUUCCUGGGUAGCAGGAGGUGUCAACUCACUGGUGCAAACAAUUCUCGUGGUCCAGUUGCCUUUCUGCAGGAAUAAUGUCAUCAAUCAUUUCAGCUGUGAAAUCCUCGCUGUCAUGAAACUGGCUUGUGCUGAUAUCUCUGGCAAUGAAUUUAUCAUGUUAGUAGCCACAACAGUAUUCACAUUAACUCCAUUGCUACUCAUUGUUGUCUCUUAUACUUUAAUCAUCUCCAGUAUCCUAAAGAUCCACUCAGCUGAAGGGAGAAGUAAAGCUUUUUCUACCUGCUCAGCCCACCUGACUGUUGUGAUUAUAUUCUAUGGGACCAUCCUGUUCAUGUACAUGAAACCCAAAUCCAAACAAUCACUUAAUUCAGAUAAAUUACAAGCCACAGACAAACUUAUUUCCAUGUUCUAUGGAGUCAUGACACCCAUGAUGAAUCCUUUAAUCUAUAGUCUGAGGAACAAGGAUAUAAAAGAGGCAGUGAAACUGCUGGGCAGGAAGGUUUUUAGCAAAUAA